ACGUGGACUUUGUUAUUGUACUUGUGCUGGAAGGAUUAAUUUUUUUCUAAAGUUUUAACCAUAGAUUUAACCACAGACAUGAAGAGUCUAACUGACAAAUAAACUGUCUUUGGUAAAUUACGUGUUUGAGACAGCGGUUUUUGCCAGCGUUUGCUAGUAUCAUUUGAACAGUAGUGUGUGCUGAUUGCAUCAGUACUCUAGGCUACACUUCACAGGUUGAAUGUGUUGCAAUAGGGAAGUGAAAAUCGUUUAAAUGAAUGCUGCGAAUGCAAAGAUGGACCCUGCAACGGCCAGCAUGACAUCUAAGCCGUUAAUUUUGGAUGGUGGUUUAGCUACAGAACUGGAGGAAAGAGGAUUUCAACUGCAGGGAGACCCUUUAUGGAGUGCUAAAAUCUUGUACACAGACCCAAAAGCCAUUAAGGAUGUACAUUACAGAUAUCUUCAGUGUGGAUCUGAUGUCAUUACAACGGCCACAUACCAGGCUAGUAUUGAAGGAUUCACCAAGCACCUGGGUCUCAAACCUGAGGAGGCUGAGCAGUUGCUGAUGUGGGGGGUGCAAAUAGCUAAAGAGACAGCAACAGACUUCAUGUCUAGCUGUAUAACAGCAGAUAGAAAGGUGCCUUUGGUAGCAGGCUCUGUGGGUCCUUAUGGAGCAUUUCUGCAUGAUGGCUCCGAGUACACAGGAGCCUAUGAGAGCUGGAUGAGUGUGGAGGAGCUGAAAGACUGGCAUCGGCCACAGGUUCGUUGCUUAGUGGCUGCAGGAGCUGAUCUCAUCGCCAUGGAGACCAUACCAAGUCUAAAAGAGGCAGAGGCCUUGGUGGAGCUACUGAGGGAGUUUCCUGAUACUAAAGCCUGGCUUUCCUUCUCCUGCAAGGACUCUCAGAGUAUUUCAGAUGGGAAUAAGUUCUCCAAGGCUGUUGAAGUGGCUAGUAAAUCUACACAGCUGGUUGCUGUUGGGGUGAACUGCUCUCCCCCUGCUCUGGUGAAACCUCUUCUAGAAUCAGCGAAGUCACAGAAGGCAGCCAGCAUGAGCUGGGUGGUCUAUCCGAACAGUGGCGAGGGCUGGGAUCCCAGUACAGGAUGGAAAACAGAAAAAAGGGUGCCAUUUACAGAGCUAAGCGUUGAGUGGAAAGAACAAGGGGCUUUAUGGAUCGGAGGCUGCUGCCGUAUUGGUCCUGCGGACAUUAUGGAGUUGAGAAGUCGAUUAAUUUAGACAGAAACUCCAAGUUUAGAUUGAGAUUAUCACAUAGGUUAUCACACUGAUUGUGGAACAAAGCUCACAACUGAUAUACAAGAAGUCGUAUAAAUAUUUAUUUAUAAAGAAAACUUACCAACUACUUCCGGCUCAUACUGAUUUCACAUGUAUAUGGGAUUGUAGAUGACUGCACACUUGUCAUAACACAUACUUCAGAUGUUGCUGUGGUAAAUUAAGAAUGGACAUCACAGUGCACAUAACAUGAAAGCCACCAUGCUUUAUAUCUUUUCACAAAAAACUUAUACAAUAAGAUCAAGUCUUCUCUAUUUGAUUUCACAGUUAACCCAAUCUGUCUCAGCUACCUAAAAUGAAAACGCUUUCUCUUCACCAGUUCUUUCAGGAUGAUCAAACAAUUUCUGUUUGUAUCAUUCUACUGCCUGACUUGUACUGUUCAUGUUUAUGCACAAUGAAUAUGUUCUGUGCAUUGAUUGGAAGUCUAUGCACUUAAUGUUAAAUUACUCAAAUGUUAAAUUUA